GAAGAACUAUAAGUAGAUGAUGAGAAGAGACUCAGUAAGAGAAACACAACAUGACUGAGAAGAGUGAUAUAUGUCUGCUGGGACUGAUCCUUCUCUCUUCACUAUUCACAGGUGUGAGAGGGGCACAAGAGACUCAUUUGUUCAUCAGUUCUGGUGAAAGUGUGUCUCUGUCCUGUAAUGAUGCUCUUCAUCAAUGCUCCUCAACUACAUGGAUCUACAAUAAUUAUACAACAUCACCUGCAGUAGAAGUGUUUACUGGAGGAAUAAGGAAGAAUAACACAGAGAGAUCUGAGAGACUGAGUCUGACAUCUGACUGCUCUCUCAACAUCUAUAACACAACACAACAUGAUGGUGGACUUUACACCUGCAGACAAUAUGUGAAUGAAAGUCAUCAUGAACCUGACUCACAUGUUUUUCUACAUGUUCUUCAUGUGUCUUCAUCAUCAUCAUCAUCACAGACUGAGAUAAGAGCAAACACACCUGUCACUCUCUCCUGUCAGCUGUUUACAUAUGACUGUUAUUAUAUGUUCAGUUAUGAUGGAUUUCAGCUGGUGUGGAUGAAUCAGACUGAUGUUGAUCUACAGACAGACUCCAGAUAUCAGAUUAGAUCAGAUGAACUCUGUCUCAUCUCUCUGACUACAACACUCGUGAAUGAAGACGACAACACAGAGUUGAGAUGUGUGCUCAAACACAAGAAUGACAUCAAGACCUCAGUCACAUAUACUGUCAGAUUUACAGAUUCAAACAAGAUUCUAGUGACCACCACAAACCCUGAGAGAUUCUCAACUCUUAUCACACCAGAAACUACACAACAACAACAACAAGAUUCAAACAAGAUUCUAGUGACCACCACAAACCCUGAGAGAUUCUCAACUCUUAUCACACCAGAAACUACACAACAACAACAACAAGAUUCAAACAAGAUUCUAGUGACCACCACAAACCCUGAGAGAUUCUCAACUCUUAACACACCUGAAACUACACAACAACAAGCAUCAACUACAACAUCAAUAAUAAUAAGAGGUAUGAAGUGUUGAUUGUGAUCCAUGUGUCCUGUUCCAUAAGUCCAUGAGUGAAACUCUCACUUUGAGAGUUUCCAUCCAUCCAUCCAUUUUCUACCGCUUUAUCCGAACUACCUUGGGUCACGGGGAGCCUGCGCCUAUCUCAGGAGUCAUCGGGCAUCAAGGCAGGAUACACCCUGGAUGGAGUGACUUUGAGAGUUUGAUGGAUUUAAUUUAGAUGGAUUUAAUGGUGUUCUUGUGCCUUCUAGUGAUUCUAGUGAUUGUUGAGGUGUCAGUGUUUGCUGCUCCUACUGUCAUUCUUCUUCAGAUCAUCUGUGCAGGAAGAGCGCGUGAGUUUUCAUCAUCAUCAUUGUGAUAUAUGCACUUAAUGUCUCUAUGCACUUGAGGGCGCUUGAGUGCAUCCUUUUGUAUGUUGUACCACUAUAUGAAGAAGAAGCCUGUGUUCUUAGUAAAUACACAAGAGUCAUCAUGGCACUUGUCUCAGCGUAUUAUUCAUGUUAUAUAAAGAGAUAAGAACAUAACAAUCAUCAUCAUCAUCAUUCACAUUCACCUGAAACAAUCCAGAAAACAAACAGCAGAACUUCAUCACUUUUAUUGACUUUUAUCUUCUCAGAAAACAGAAGAAGGACUCAGAACGCUCAUCCAGAAGACACAGUGAUGUCAGCAGUUUAGGAAUAAAAUCCUCUUUUUAUGACCAACAGAGAAAAUUACAGCGAGCUUUAUUUGAUCUGAUUUUAUUCAUAUGUGUGUAAUGCUUUUGAACGAUACUUAUUGUCAGGCCUGAAUUAAACUGAUAGUUCCCCAAAAUGAAACAUCUGUCAUCAUUAACUCACCUGUAAAUUGUUCUAAACCUGUAUAUUUUCUCCUGUUAAACACAAAAGAAGAGACUUGAAACAGUUCUGUGUCACCAUUGAUCUUUUGUUUGGUUACACACAUUCUUCCAAAUUCUUUCUUAAUGUUCAGCAGAACAAACGUAUUUUACACAGGUUUGAAACACCUUGAGGGGCAGUAAAUUAUUUUUUCGUGAACUAUUAUUUUAAAUAUAUUAACAGAUAGAGUCUGACGGUUUGUGGAACUGUCUUUGUGUUAUUGUAUUUGUGUAACAUAGCUGAAUUGUGUGUUGAUUUAUGUCUGU